AACCUCUUCCUGCCUCCUGCACUGCCCGGCCCUCCUCGCCGUGCCCGAGGCGGACGUGUUCGUGCUAUGGCCAUGGGCAGUCGGGCCAUUUGAGAAACGGCGCGGCUGGCCCUGAGCCCGCGGAGUGCCCGGGCAGCGCCCAGCGUCCGGGCACCGAGGGUCGCGUGGCACUGGCCAGCGCCCGUCAGUCUUCGCCGACCCGCGCUCCGACCAGCAUCAUGGCGUCCCCUCGAGCGGCGCUGAUUGUGCUCCUGGCGGUAAUAGGAACCGCCACGUCCGACAAGUUAGGCGGCCACCACCACCACCACUCCAGUCAUCAUGACAGUCAUCACAGCAGUCAUCACGCCAGUCAUCACGAAAGCCACCAGCAGCAGUCUCGGUCACACCAGGGGCCGUCGGGCUACACCUUCCCGCCGCCGCUGCCCUCUAUGGACGCCUCGGCAGCAGCGGACAUGGUGCCCCCGCUGCCCGACUCCUCCGAGGAGGACUCCGGGUACGCCUAUCCCGCUCCCGCCCGCUCGUUCGAUCCUUCGGGCGGAGACGCCAACUCGCCCCCGAGCCCCUUCUAUGAGCGUCCCAGCAACGUGCAAUUCCACUCAAGACGUCCUUCUCAGUCCUUCGGCCACACAUCGCGCCACGACGAAGAGUCCUCGGAAGAGAGGUCCGAUUCCCAUUUCAGUCUCCUCGGGGAUUCUUUCGUAGGCUCUUCUGGAGGAACCUUUGAGUAUUCUCUUCAUGUUCCUAAAAAUCCUUUCGACAAAUUUGCAGCUAUAAGGGCUUCUUCAGGUUCGUCUCAAGACAGCCCCCUGGAAGCCGUGGCCGAUGCGUUCACAGAUUCGUCUGAGAAAACUGUUGGUUAUGCUUAUCCAGUUCCCGCAGUUCCCUUCGAUGCCCUGGGAGAGGAUGAUUCCUCGGAAGAAGACGAUGCCAUCGAGGCCGUGGGCGACGCCUUCAUCGGUUCCUCUGAGAAAACUAUUAGCUAUAACUAUCCUGUUCCAGCCAUUCCCUUCGACGCCCUGGGAGACGAAGAAGAUUCCUCUGAAGAAACUUCCGGCUAUGCUUACCCUGUCCCGGCGCAAUCUUUCAACGCUUUUGGGUCAACAGGCUUAAGGGCUCCACAGCCUCCAGGGCGUUUAUAUGCUGCUCCAUCGGACGACUCUUCUGAGGAAUACCACUCCUCUCGAGAAAACCCUCGCGAAGCUGUAGGAGAUUCCUUUAUCAGUUCUGCAGAGAAAACGACCGGAUACAACUACCCCGUGCCUCAAAUUCCCUUUGACGCUCUCGGAGAGGAAGACGACUCCUCUGAGGAAUCAAAUCUAGAGGCUGUUGGAGACGCGUUCGUAGGUUCCUCUGAGAAGACUACUGGAUACAAUUACCCCGUGCCUGAGAUUCCUUUCGAUGCCCUGGGAGAUGAGGAUUCCUCAGAGGAAGACUCGGGGUAUGCCUACCCUGUUCCAGCAGAAGCUUUCAAUGCGUUUGGAUCGAGCAGCUUAAGAGCACCGGGGCUUAAUUAUUUACCUCCAGCAGAAGAAUCCUCUGAAGAAGAAUCAGGAUACGCCUAUCCUGUCCCAGCCAAAGCCUUCAAUGCUUUCGGGUCAACCAGCCUAAGGGCUCCGGGUCGACUCUACUCGGCUCCCUCAGAUGACUCAUCUGAGGAGUCCUCAUCGGAGGACCCACGUGAAACUGUAGGGGAUUCCUUUGUAGGUUCCUCGGAAAGGACUACAGGAUACAACUACCCUGUGCCCCAGAUCCCCUUCGAUGCCCUUGGAGACGAAGAUUCUUCUGAGGAGGAAGAUCCUUUGGAGGCUGUCGGGGAUGCCUUCACAGAUUCCUCUGAGAGAACUGUUGGAUACAAUUAUCCAGUUCCUCAAAAUCCGUUCAAUGCUCUUGGAGACGAAGAUGAUUCCUCUGAGGAAUCGGAGCCUUUAGCAGCUUUAGGGGACGCCUUUGUAGGUUCCUCGGAAAGAACUACAGGUUAUAAUUAUCCUGUUCCUCAGAUUCCCUUCGACGCCCUCGGAGAUGUAGAGGACUCAUCCGAAGAGACCCUGGAAGCCCUCGGAGACGCCUUUGUAGGGUCCUCUGCAAAAACAACUGGCUAUAACUACCCUGUUCCUAGCAUUCCCUUCGACGCUUUAGGAGAACAGGAGGAUUCUUCCGAGGAGUCUGAAUUGGAGAUUGUCGGGGAUGCCUUCAUUGGUUCCUCGGAGAAAACCGUAGGCUACAAUUACCCUGUCCCUGCCAUUCCUUUUGAUGCCCUGGGAGACGAGGACGAGGAUGACUCCUCCGAGGAAAUCUCAGGGUAUUCCUACCCCGUGCCUGCAGAGGCAUUCAAUGCCUUCGGAUCAACAAGCUUGAAGGCGCCCAGCACAGAAUACUUCCCACCAGACACUUCGGUCUUCUCGACGACCUCUGUGGGCACUCGGCCAAGGAACAGGCACCAUAGCACGGGCAGAGGACACACUCCUACUUUCUUUGCACCUGUAGGGUCUCAGCCACGGGUUUCCAAUGCUUACCAGCCGCCAGCAACUCAGGCUCCUCCACGAAGGACCUAUCUAGCGCCAAGCACACCGAGACCUACAACCUCCCGGCCGUCGACGCUCUACCAACAGCCAGCUACCGAGGCCCCGAGAACUUACUUGCCACCAACUACGCAACCUCCAAGAAGGACUUACCAAAGACCAAGUACAGAAGCACCAAGAAGGACUUACCAGCAGCCAACCACCGAAGCACCGAGGACUUACCUGCCACCAUCUACGCAAGCCCCAAGAAGGUCUUACCAACAGCCAAUCACUGAAGCGCCUAGGACUUACCUGCCACCAUCUACGCAGGCCCCAAGGAGGACAUACCAACAGCCUGCUACAGAGGCCCCUAGAACAUACCUGCCACCAUCUACACAAGCCCCAAGAAGGACUUACCAACAGCCAACCACUGAAGCGCCUAGGACUUACCUGCCACCAUCUACGCAAGCCCCAAGAAGGACUUAUCAGCAGCCUGCUACAGAGGCCCCAAGAUCUUACUUCCCACCAACGACAAAAGCCCCAAGAAGAACUUACCAACAGCCAACCACUGAAGCGCCUAGGACAUACCUACCACCAUCUACGGAGGCUCCAAGGAGGACUUACCAACAGCCUGCUACAGAGGCUCCAAGGACGUACCUCCCACCAACAACAAAAGCCCCAAGGAGGACCUAUCAACAGCCUGCUACAGAGGCCCCUAGAACAUACCUACCACCAACGACUAAGGCCCCAAGAAGGACUUACCUUGCACCUAGUAGGAGGGAUGAUUCUGAUGAAGAUACGUCCAGGACCUUGAGUACAACUCAUGGAGGAGCAAGUAGUCCCCUGUCGCACUUCACUGUCCGCACCCAUGACUUCUCGAGUGGCAUCAGCAGCACUUUGGACCGCAUUUCGAGCAGUCAACGAAAGCACGGGAGUCAGCGCCGUGUCAAGCAGUUCUAUUCAGCACCAGAAGAUGAAAGUUCAGAGGAAGAUUCUGAGGAGACUUUCACUCACAGGCCCGUGACUCAGUUGUACAGUGCGCCCUCAACCACUCAGAAACCCCCUAGUCAAUUUUAUGGUGCGCCAACAACUCGCAGGCCGUCAACAACCCAGAGACCACCAAACUCAUUUUACAAUGCACCUUCAACAACCCAGAGUCCACCAAGUCAGUUUUAUGGUGCGCCAACAACUCGCAGGCCAUCAACAACCCGUACACCACCAAGCCCAUUUUACAAUGCACCUUCAACAACCCAGAGUCCACCAAGUCAGUUUUAUGGUGCGCCAACAACUCACAGGCCAUCAACAACCCGUACACCACCAAGCCCAUUUUACAAUGCACCUUCAACAACCCAGAGUCCACCAAGUCAGUUUUAUGGUGCGCCAACAACUCGCAGGCCAUCAACAACCCGUACACCACCAAGCCCAUUUUACAAUGCACCUUCAACAACCCAGAGUCCACCAAGUCAGUUUUAUGGUGCGCCAACAACUCACAGGCCAUCAACAACCCGUACACCACCAAGCCCAUUUUACAAUGCACCUUCAACAACCCAGAGACCACUAAGUCAAUUUUAUGGUGCGCCAUCAACAACUCGCAGGCCAUCAACAACCCGUACACCACCAAGCCCAUUUUACAAUGCACCUUCAACAACCCAGAGUCCACCAAGUCAGUUUUAUGGUGCGCCAACAACUCGCAGGCCAUCAAAAACUCAGAGACCACCAAGCUCAUUUUACAAUACGCCAUCAACAACCCAGAGUCCACCAAGUCAGCUAUAUGGUGCGCCAUCAACAACUCGCAGGCCAUCAACAACCCAUACACCACCGAGUUCAUUCUAUAAUGCACCUUCAACAACCCAGAGACCACCAAGUCAGUUAUAUGGCGCGCCAUCAACAACCCAGAGUCCACCGAGUCAGCUAUAUGGUGCGCCAUCAACAACUCGCAGGCCAUCAACAACCCGUACACCACCGAGUUCAUUCUAUAAUGCACCUUCAACAACCCACAGACCACCAAGUCAGUUUUAUGGUGCGCCAUCAACAACUCCCAGACCAACAACAACACACAGACCUCCUAGUCAGUUUUAUGGUGCACCAUCAACAACACCAAAGCCUGUGAGACAGUUGUACAGUGCGCCAUCGACCACUUCGAGACCUGUAAGUCAGCUAUACCGCGCACCGUCAACCCCUAGACCAGUGAGUCAGCUCUACGUUGCUCCAUCAACAACCCACAGACCUAUAACUCAAACGUAUCUGGCUCCAGAGACUGAGAGGCCUGUAAGUCGAGUCUAUGGAGUUCCUUCCAAGCAGUCUGAGGACUCUGACGAAGAGACUUCAACGCACAGACCACCAAGUCGAGUUUACGGCGCACCGGUUCAGGAGGACGACUCUGAGGAAUCGAAGGUCAGCUUCCCACCAAGGGGCCACUUCUCAAGCCACUCUUCCGCCGAGGGGCAGGCCUUGUUCGUGAGGACGGAAGGCCAUGAGGAAGAGGAGGGAGACAGUGAUGAGGAAACUAACCUCCCAGUUUUCAUCCUUCUGAAGGGCAAACAGAAUCGCCGAAUUCCAACAACAUACGGCGCCUUUAAUCAACAAAAGGAUAGCGAUGAGGAUGAAGACCUUCGCCUUUUCUUGCCAUACAUCGCUGCUGAAAGUGAAGAAGAUGCUUUUGGCAGCCUGAGACUGCCUCCUUCCUCGGUGCCAGGCGUUGGAAAACUGGCGGACCUGGAGCCUACUCAGCUUACUGACCAAGUCUCGGGCUACCUCACGGAGCUCGACCACCCGGGGAGUUCCAGGUUCCUCUCCAUCCUGUCUCGACGCGUGGCAGAGGGCGACGACGAUAGCAGCAGUGAAGAAAGUGACGAGGAAGAUGAAGAUGAAGAAGAGGAAGAAGUGGAGGAGGAAGAGGAAGAGGAGGAGGAAGAAGUAAUUCCACAAACGAGUUCCCUUACACGCAGAACUUCCCGAGGGAGAGUCCGUGGAAGACCUGUGCACAGAUUAGGAAACCAACGCUCAGCACCCUACGGCUAGGUCAGGCUAGGUCAAGGGAUGGUUUUCUAAUCGCAUCUUGGGACCGCUACCUGUCUACGUAUUCAAUCGUUAUAUCCAAACGUUCAUAUUUCAUUUAAUGUUCACAAGCAUAUCUAUGCGAUAAGUGUCUUCUCAUGUCCCAUAAAAAUAUUAAGAUGUCUUGGCUUAAAAGGGAUGUCCAGUCGUUUCAGAGGCCAUAUAUUCUGCAAAUAACGUGAUUAUAUUUUGUUAAGCAGAGUACGCUCUUCCACUCUGACACAUGUGCAGCCAUUACAUUACAUCGCUGUACAAUUGCCUUAUCACGAGCGGCGGACACAAGACUACAAAGCUGGUGGUGGGCGCCAGGGAAACUCUCAAGCUUGCACAAUCUUCGCCGUCCAAAUGAAUUUCGUGCGAUCCUUUCUCUUUUUCGAAUGUAUACUAGAUGGACUAUCUAUUUAUCUCUCUAUUUAACUAUCUAUAUAUAUGAUAUUUGUAUCUCCCCCUUCUAUGUAUUUAUGAUUAUAUUUAUUUAUACAAUCUAAGAAAUUCAUACGAAUCAAA